UUUUAUAUCUAUUUUUAAUUUCUUUUAAUAACAAUAACUUUAUAUUUUUUGGAUUGACCUCUUUCUCACAAUUGCCUGUUGCUAGCCAUACAUAUCAGUCGCCUAUCAAACCCCCGUCAGCCACCUAUGUCGAGCUCAUUGGAACUUUCAAUCCGUCCAUUCAGAGUCACUGAUGCCGAUGAUUUCUUCUCAUUGGCUAGAGACGAUAGAGUAACACAAUAUCUCCGAUGGAACACCAUGAAGGAUAGAGAGGAAGCUCUCAAAUACCUAAAGGAAGUCGUUAUACCGCAUCCAUGGCGACGAUCCAUCUGUUUUGACGAUAAAUCAAUCGGAUACAUCUCCGUCAAGCCAGAAUCAGGCGUAGAUCGUCAUAGAGCUCAUAUUUCAUAUGCAAUUGGUGUCGAUUUCUGGGGACGAGGGAUAACUACGGCGGCAAUGAAGAUGGCGAUCCCUAUGGUGUUUCAGGAGAUGUCGUAUGUGGUGAGGAUUGAAGCUCUUGUUAAAGAUGAAAACAAAGCAUCACAGAACGUAUUGGGGAAAUUAGGGUUUAAAAAGGAAGGUUAUUUGAGGAAAUAUGGAUUUAACAAAGGGGAAAUUAGAGAUAUGAUCAUGUAUAGUUUGUUGUCAGCUGAUUUAUCAGAUCAAAUUUGUUAGUGAUUGAAUAUUAGGUUAGUUCAGGGAAUUAUUUAGCUUUAGUUUAUGCAAGUUAAUCACAAAAAUAUCAAAAUAAGUGGUUAUUAAGAAAGAAAAAGAACACAAGUAUCGAUUGUGUGUAUUGAAUAUGAACCUGCAAGUUUUAAAGGGA